UAACAUUUCCGAGGUGUGUAUGAACGCAGCAUGACGCCGCCUGUGGUGGUGGCUCAUUACAUUAUCUGGCAACCGGAGUGGCAGCGGACAGAAGAGAGGGGAUCCCCGGGAUUUUUACACCGAAGCCAGCUUAGUAUUAACGCCGGGCAUCUGAACAUCGCGGGGGGACUCGGUCAAGAUCCUCCUAGACUUCGGUGAGAGCAGCCAUGUCAGAGGAGGCAGGGCGUCAAACUCGCAGCCAGAAGCGAGCUCUGGAGAAGGACCAUGCAGGUUUUGCCGGGCCCCUGGGAGACAUGGACAGUAAAAGGGUUAAGCUGGAGCGGGGAGAUGUUCCCCUGCCUGGACCUGGAACUGACAGUGUCAAGCUCAAGAGUGAGCAUGCAGCCAGCAUCCUUAAGUCUGGGGAGGUGAAGGCUACCAUUAAGGUCGAGGUUCAAACUGGAGAUGAGCCUGUUGACAUGAGCACGUCAAAAAGUGACAUCAAGAAAGAGUGCCAGCCACCAUCACCAGAUGAUGUGAUUGUGUUAUCAGACAAUGAGCCCUCCAGUCCUCUCAUGAACGGCCACUGCUUUACAAAGACCAACACAGAAAAACUGAUGAAGAGUUCCCCUGAGGAGAGGGAGCGCAUCAUAAAACAGCUGAAGGAAGAACUGAGACUCCAAGAGGCCAAACUAGUUCUGCUGAAGAAACUACGACAAAGCCAGAUCCAGAAGGAGAGCACUGUACAAAAAGCCACUGGAUCUGUGGCUACUCCUCCUCCUCUGGUCAGAGGUAGCAUCACAUCAGGCAAAGGAUCCCUCCAGAUGACAGGUCGUAGCGCAGGCACAGUGAUUCCUCCUCCGUUAGUGAGGGGUGGGCAACAUGUCCCGUCCAAACACAGCUCUCAGAUUGUCAUGCCGCCUCUGGUCAGGGGAACCCAGUCUAUUGCAGUGACUCCCCAGCAGAUCGCCAGUCUACGGCAGCAACAGCAGCAAAGCGGUUCAGGUCCUCCCCCCCUCUUGUUGGCUCCCAGGGCAUCUGUGCCCAAUGUCCAGGUCCAAGGCCAGAGGAUCAUUCAGCAGGGACUCAUACGGGUGGCUAAUGUGGCCAACAGUAAUGUUAUGGUCAACAUCCCUCAGGCCUCUCCAACAAGCCUAAAGGGCUCAUCAGUGUCGCCCAACUCCAGUGACUCCCCAGCCAGUCGGCAAGCAGCUGCCAAGCUCGCACUACGUAAACAGCUGGAGAAGACACUACUGGAGAUCCCUCCACCCAAACCUCCUGCUCCCGAGUUUAACUUUCUGCCUUCAGCCGCUAAUAACGAGUUCAUCUACUUGUUAGGCUUAGAAGAGGUGGUGCAAAAACUUCUGGAGAUGCAUGGCAGGGGCAAUCUGGGUCCAGCUGCUGCAAUGGCCACCUCCAUUCCCAAAGAGCCGUACACCUGCGCGCAGUGUAAGACAGACUUCACCUCCCGCUGGAGGAAGGAAAAGGCUGGGACCAUCCUCUGUGACCAAUGCAUGUCAUCCAAUCAGAAGAAAGCCCUGAAGGCUGAGCACACCAGUCGGCUGAAGGCGGCCUUUGUCAAGGCACUGCAGCAGGAGCAGGAGAUCGAACAGCGCAUUCUCCAGCAAGCUGCUUCCUCUUCUUCCUCCUCUGUGUCUAAAAACACCUCAUCUUCCUCACUGUCCAAGAGUGAGGUGCUGGUUUCCCAGCAGUACAAGCAGGUCGGAGCUGCCAUGCAUCACAGAUCCGUGGCUUCACACCACUCUAUUAAGCAGCUGGCACACAGCAUCCAGCCUGCAGUGAGCGCUCGAAGCAUGGCCCACUCAUUCCCCUCUUCCUCUCAGCUGCAGAGCGCAGUGACACGGGCGGCACUGGGCAGCAGGGCAGGUAAGCAUGCUGCAGCACGCCAUCAGCUGCAUGGGGCAAAGGUCAGCGCCAGCAGCAGCAACCAGAGCAACGUGGCCGCCUGGAGGAAGCAGAGCGGUGGCACAGGUAUGACUAUGCCCUAUGUGAACCCCGGCUUGUCUGCUCAUAAGACCAGCUCAGCUGUGGAGCGUCAGCGAGAGUACCUGCUGGACAUGAUUCCUUCCCGUUCUAUCUCGCAAGCAGCCAACACAUGGAAAUAAUACAAUCUCACUCCUUGCUGACAUCGUAACUAUUACUUUAAUUAAUUAAUAUCAAUAACAGCCAUUCUCAUUAGCAAUCUAAUCCUCUCUGUGGGCUUGGCCUCUGGCCCAAAUCGUGCGGUGCAAAUCGGCUUCUUUCUGUUGGAAGUGAUGGUCCACCUCCUCAGAUCUUUCUGCUGCCAUCUUCCUUACCUGAAUCAUUCGUCACAAAUUGGACUUGAGCUGCAACAGCUUUGGGCCUCUGGGACACACGUGGGUACCUUUCAGAGGGUUAUGGUAGACAUGCACUUGUACAAUUUCAUGAACCUUUCCAGACAUGUUGCCUCUCCCUCCCUGUAUAUUGGUUGAACCUCCCAGUUGUGCCAAGAGAAAGCUGCCACCCAGUCCCUGAGCUCCCCUGCUUCUGGAUUAGGCAGGAAAAAAAUAAUAAUCACCGUUCUACACAAUAACAUUCGCCUUACAUCCUACCUGGCUUUGGGCUGAUCCCAUCAGACUCGGCCCAUGUGGUGGCUGAACCGAACGUAACUGAAGACCUCAUCGCAGGGAUGGUGAUUGAAUUCCAAGGACCAUCCACAGAAUGACUGCUUCAGCUUUGCAAAAAUGAAUAAAGUUAAAAAAAAGGACUGUAAAAAUGAUCUCUAUCUGCACACAGACUGCCUCUUCUCUCUAACCUACAGCGUUGUCUAGUAGAGAAGUCCAUGUGUGUGGGGUUAUUUUGUAUGGCUGAAUGUUAUGAUUUUGUCUUUUCUUCUGUAAGUCAUAUACUGUGUUUGGAAUAUUGUGCUCCCUUAUACUUUGGAAGUGACCUCUUGUUGAGGUCUUAAUUCACAGGCUCAUGUUACUGAUGAGGUGGUUUUACAUCUGCUGGGUUCCAUGUUGUGGCCUACUUUUAAAUACUUUGAUUUUUCUAAGAUGAAGAGGAAGAUUAAGGUUUUACUGACUCAUGUCAAAACACGGAGCAUAUGUCUGGGGGACUAUUCUUAUUGAAUAUUGUUUAAAAGAAAACCUUCCAAAGAACUAGUGGAGCCCAAAUGGAAUCCCUUCUGCUAGAAGGUUUCUAGUUUAUUUGAACCCUCUGUGAACAUGAAUUCAUGCUAAACUGAGGGGUGUAAGGAAUGUCAUAUUUUUGACAUUGUUUUGCUUUUAGUCAUAGGUUGUGGUGCAUUAUUUUUCUUCUAUAGACAAACUGUCUCUGCUUUUUUAUAGGGUCAUGUUAGUAAAGAUAUAUGCUUAUGCCCCAUGUUUGAAUGGAUCUCCAUUUAAAAUGAUUCUUCUGUGUCCGGCGGCUCCCCUAUCCUCCGACUGGGCUGAGAGAAGCUGGACACUUUUCAGAAUGUAGUUAUGCAAAAACCCCUAUAGCAACAAAUGACAAGAACCUCUUAGUCUUCAAGGUGUGUAUGGUCAUAUGUCAUGUCUUUGAAUUGAGCUAACUAUGCCUUCUCGUGAGCUAUAGUGCAUUUUAUCAGGUUGCAGCAGCACAGGAUAAGCUAGUGAAGUACCUUCUGUCCCACAUCAUCACUCAAGUUAUUCAACAACCAUGUAGCGUCUUCUUUGAGUUCAGUCUCUGAGGUAGUUCAUGCUCUUUAGGCCCAUUUUGGGGGAAAAAAUCUAAAUGCAAAAAAUGUUUUGAAUUCAAGUAGAAAACGUUCAAACUGGAUGCUUGUUUAAAAUCAGAAACCCCAUUGAUGAUAGGUGGACCUCCCCUCAGGAGUUACGUUCUGAUUAUCCUGAGUCUUGCUGUUUUGUUUUUUUGUCUUCUUCACAUUGAAACAAUAGUGUUACUACUUGCAUCAUCUUGUACUAAUCUUGCUGCCCUGUUGCUUUACCUUUUUGAUUUCCAUGUUACGGUGAUCCAAUGCAACGUUAAGCAGUUGCGUCCUGAGACCAGGGUGCCACUCUUCAGCUCACUGAUUAUUGUCUUGCUCUAUACUGAAAGAUGCUGCACUGUAUUUGGCCACUGGGCAUCAGUUGAACUUUGUCCUCGCUGUAGCAUCGCUGGACACAUGGGUUCCAUUUAGGAUGGUGCACCAAUACAGUUUGUACGUUAUUAGUAGACGUACAAGCCUAAUUUAAAUUGCUCAAAUUGGUGUUUGUUUCAAAGUAGCAUCUGAAAUCCAGGUUGUGUCCAUUCCUGACAGGCAGAAGGUAGCAGCCCACGUCUCGUGGAUGCAAAACAGGCAAAGUAGAGUGAGCCCAUCAUCGUGUGCCCUGAUAAAUGUAACCCUGUGCUGUCCUGACUACUGCCGCCUGCCGCCGCCGCCGCUGCUGCUGUUUGACAACAAUAUCACCAUUCCGUUUGCUUGGGGUCAAAGCGCUGUUAUAUGCAGUGCAAAUGGAAAAGAAAAACGAUGUAUGAGAAAUAUUUGUUUUUUCUGCUCUAUCAAAUAAUAAAACUAAUUUUAACCCCUC